AUGGAAGAUAAUCCUGCCUCAAGUCUCAUGGAAGGGAAGGUUGUUGGGAUCCGAUUCAGUAUGGCUACACGCCAGGAAAUUAGUACUGCCUCGAUUAGUGAUUCCCAAAUUAGCCAUGCUAGCCAGCUGGGAAAUCCAUUCCUUGGGCUUCCACUUGAGUUUGGACGAUGUGAAUCUUGUGGCACUUCUGAAGCAGGGAAAUGUGAAGGCCACUUUGGAUAUAUUGAACUACCAGUUCCGAUUUUCCAUCCUAGUCAUGUUACUGAGUUGAAGCGAAUAUUGAGCCUGGUCUGCUUAAACUGCUUAAAACUGAAGAAAACCAAGAUUCCUUCUUCAGGCAGUGGUUUUGCACAGAGAGUAGUGGCUCCUUGUUGUGAGGACAAUAAUGCCGCAGAUGUAUCUAUUCGGGAGAUCAAAACAGCUGACGGGGCUUGUUACUUGGCACUGAAGGUGCCAAAGUCAAAGAUGAAUGAUGGGUUUUGGAGUUUUUUAGAAAAAUAUGGUUAUCGCUAUGAGGGUGAUCAUACUCGAGCUUUGCUUCCUUGUGAGGCAAUGGAAAUUAUCAAGAGAAUGCCUCAAGAAACCAAGAAGAAACUUGCUGGAAAAGGAUAUUUUCCUCAAGAUGGAUAUGUUUUGAAAUACCUUCCGGUACCACCAAAUUGCUUGUCUGUGCCAGUAGUAUCAGAUGGUGUCAGUAUCAUGUCUUCGGAUCCUUCCAUGACAGUUCUUAGAAAAUUGCUUAGGAAGGUUGAGGUCAUUAGAAGUUCUAGAUCCGGUGAACCAAACUUUGAGUCUCAUCAAGUGGAAGCUAACGACUUGCAAUCCGUGGUCGAUCAGUAUCUUCAAAUCAGGGGUACUUCUAAGGCAGCACGUGAUAUAGAGACACAUUAUGCGGUCAAUAAAGAGCUGAAUGAGUCCUCAACAAAAGCAUGGUUAGAAAAAAUGAGGACUUUAUUUAUAAGAAAGGGUUCAGGGUUUUCUUCUCGGAAUGUGAUAACUGGAGAUGGCUAUAAGAAAAUAAAUGAAGUAGGAAUUCCGCUCGAGGUUGCCCAAAGGAUAACAUUUGAGGAGAGAGUGAGCAUCCAUAACAUCCACUAUUUACAAAAGUUGGUUGAUGAAAAUUUGUGCUUGACAUAUAAGGAAGGUUUGUCAACUUACUCACUAAGGGAGGGCUCAAAGGGGCACACUUAUCUUAAACCUGGUCAGAUAGUGCAUCGGAGGAUUAUGGAUGGGGAUGUUGUCUUCAUCAACAGACCACCUACGACUCACAAACACUCAUUGCAAGCGCUUGUAGUGUACAUCCAUGAUGAUCACACUGUCAAAAUAAAUCCUCUAAUAUGUGGGCCCCUUGGAGCUGAUUUUGAUGGCGACUGUGUCCAUCUCUUUUAUCCUCAGUCACUUGCUGCUAAAGCUGAGGUUUUGGAGCUUUUCUCUGUAGAGAAACAACUUCUCAGCUCUCAUAGUGGUAAUUUGAACCUUCAGUUAUCCGCAGAUUCAUUAUUGUCACUCAAGAUGCUUGUCAAGAGUUGUUUUUUGGAUAAAGCCACGGCAAAUCAAAUGGCAAUGUUUCUCUCACUGCCUUUGCCAAUGCCUGCUUUGCUUAAUGCCGGUUCUGGUGAUUCUUAUUGGACAUCUAUUCAAAUGUUGCAGUGUGCUUUGCCUUUCUCCUUUGAUUGUACCGGAGGGCGAUACUUGAUUAGGCAGAGGGAAAUCCUAGAAUUUGAUUUUACUAGAGAUGUUUUGCCUUCAAUUAUAAAUGAAAUAGCAGCCUCAAUUUUUUUUAGCAAGGGUCCUCCGGAGGCACUGAGUUUCUUUGAUGUGAUCCAGCCCUUUCUGAUGGAAAACAUAUUUUCCUAUGGAUUUAGUGUUGGGUUACAAGACUUGUCGAUAUCCAGGGCAGUGAAAAGGGUUAUACAUAGAAGCAUUGGGAAAGUUUCUCCUUUGUUGAAUCAGCUGAGGGUCAUAUACAAAGAGCUAGUGGCUCAACAAUUGGAGAAACACAUUCAAGAUAUUGAAAUUCCCGUCAUAAAUUUUGCUUUGAAGUCCACCAAACUUGGAGAUUUGAUUGACUCAAAGAGUAAGUCGGCUGUUGACAAGGUGGUUCAACAGAUUGGCUUUUUAGGCCAACAGCUCUUCGAGAGAGGAAAGUUUUAUUCCAAGGGAUUGGUUGCGGAUGUAGCUUCUCAUUUUCACGUGAAGUGUUUCUAUGACGGAGAUGGUUAUCCCUCUGCAGAGUUUGGGCUGCUCAAAGGAUGCUUCUUUCAUGGCUUAGAUCCAUAUGAAGAAUUUGUACAUGCAAUUGCAACGAGAGAAAUAAUUGAUCGCUCUUCUAGAGGAUUGUCUGAACCUGGAACACUAUUUAAGAAUUUGAUGGCCAUUCUCCGAGAUGUGGUCAUUUGCUAUGAUGGAACUGUGAGAAAUGUAUGCAGUAAUUCCAUCAUCCAGUUUGAAUAUGGCAUUCAAUCUGGAGAGGCAGCCCAGCACUUGUUCCCUGCCGGGGAGCCAGUAGGCGUUUUAGCUGCAACUUCCAUGUCAAACCCUGCUUAUAAAGCAGUCCUUGAUGCUAGUCCUAGCAGCAACUCUUCGUGGGAGUUUAUGAAGGAAAUACUUGUUUGCAAGGUGAACUUUAGGAAUGAACCAAAUGAUCGUCGCCUAAUUUUAUACUUGAAUGAUUGUGAUUGUGGGAGGAGUUAUUGUCGUGAGAAUGCUGCAUAUCUGGUUAAAAAUCAAUUGAGAAAAGUAAGCCUCAAGGAUGCAGCCCUGGAUUUCAUUGUUGAAUACCAGCAGCAGCGAAGACGCAAUGAUAAUUCUGAAGAUGCAGGUCUUGUUGGUCAUAUUCAUCUGGAUGAGGCGAUGUUAGAGAAGCUGAAGAUCAAUAUGAUUGAUGUUUACCAAAAAUGCCAAGAGAGACUUAAUUCCUUUAGUCGGAAGAAGAAACUCUUCCCAGUUUUUAAGAGAACUGAAUUAUUUUUCAGUGAAUCUUGUUCUUCUCCCAAUUAUUCUGCACCUUGUGUAACGUUUGUUUGGCCGGAUGGCAAUGAUUUAGACCAUACCACUAAAGUCCUUGCUGACUUGAUCUGCCCAGCUUUGUUAGAUGCAAUAAUCCAAGGAGACCCUCGUAUCAGCUCUGCAAAUAUAAUUUGGGUUAAUCCUGGCUCGACCACAUGGGUCCGAAACCCGUCCAAAACUUCUAAUGGUGAGUUAGCACUGGACGUCAUUCUUGAGAAGGAAGCUGUUAAACAAAGUGGUGAUGCUUGGAGGAUUGUACUCGAUUCCUGCCUUCCUGUUCUUCAUUUGAUUGAUACCAGGCGUUCCGUUACUUAUGCUAUUAAGCAAAUUCAAGAAUUACUGGGAAUAUCAUGUACUUUUGAUCAAGUGAUUCAGCGUCUUGCAGCAUCAGUAAGAAUGGUGGCAAAAGGUGUUCUCAGGGAGCAUCUAAUUCUCUUAGCAAGUAGUAUGACUUGUGGUGGAAAUUUGGUUGGUUUUAAUAUAGGUGGUUAUAAAACACUGGCUCGUCAAUUAAAUAUUCAAGUACCAUUCACCGAUGCAACACUCUUUACUCCUAAAAAAUGCUUUGAAAGAGCCGCUGAGAAACACCAUGCAGACUCUUUGUCAAGCAUUGUUGCCUCCUGUUCCUGGGGUAAACACGUGGCAGUUGGUACAGGAUCAAGAUUUGAUAUUGUAUGGGACCCCAAAGAGACCAAAACUAACGAGAUUGAAGGGAUGGAUGUCUACAAAUUUCUUCACAUGGUCAAAGGUCUUGCCAAUGGGGAGGAAGAAAACAAUGCUUGUUUGGGUGAAGACAUUGAUGAUUUGCCUGAUGAUGAAAAUGUGGACUGGGAUAUGUCCCCACCGCAUACCUCUGGAUUUGAUGCUGUCUUUGAUGAGACUUUUGAAUUAGUGAAUGGCUCAGUAUCAAAUGGUUGGGAUUCAAGUAGAGACCAGAUUGAUCAGAUCAAAACAAACACGAAUGAUUGGUCUGGUUGGGGGCAAAAUAAAUCUGAAAUACAAGUUGAUGGGGCUGAAAAAAACCAAUGGAACUCUGGAACUAAUCAAGAAGAUGCGUCAAAGUCCAGUGCUUGGGGGGCAGGUACAAAUCAAGAAGACUCUUCAAAGUCUAGUGCUUGGGGUGCCGGCACAAAUCAAAAGAGUGAUCAGUCUUCUUGGGGCAAAAGUAAAUCUGGAGUACAAGAUGAUGUAGCAGAAAAGGCCAAAUGGGAGUCUGGGAACUCUCAAAAGUGGAAAGCUGAUGUUAUCCAAGAAGACUCUACAAAAUCUGGUGCUUGGGGGGCCAACACAAAUCAAAAUCAAAAUAGUGAUCAGUCUUCUUGGGGUAAGAAGAAAUCUGGAAUAGAAGAUGAUGGAGCAGAAAAGGCCAAAUGGGAGUCUGGGAACUCUCAAAAGUGGAAAGCUGAUGUUAUCCAAGAAGACUCUUCAAGAUCUGGUGCUUGGGGGGCCAACACAAAUCAGAAUCAAAAUAGUGAUCAGUCUUCUUGGGGUAAGAAGAAAUCUGGAAUAGAAAAUGAAGCAGAAAAGGCCAAAUGGGAGUCUGGGAACUCUCAAAAGUGGAAAGCUGAUGUUAUCCAAGAAGACUCUUCAAGAUCUGGUGCUUGGGGGGCCAACACAAAUCAAAAUCAAAAUAGUGAUCAGUCUUCUUGGGGUAAGAAGAAAUCUGGAAUAGAAGAUGAUGGAGCAGAAAAGGCCAGAUUGGAGUCUGGGAACUCUCAAAAGUGGAAAGCUGAUGUUAUCCAAGAAGACUCUUCAAGAUCUGGUGCUUGGGGGGCCAACACAAAUCAAAAUCAAAAUAGCGAUCAGUCUUCUUGGGGUAAGAAGAAAUCUGGAAUAGAAGAUGAUGGAGCAGAAAAGGCCAAAUGGGAGUCUGGGAACUCUCAAAAGUGGAAAGCUGAUGUUAUCCAAGAAGACUCUUCAAGAUCUGGUGCUUGGGGGGCCAACACAAAUCAAAAUCAAAAUAGUGAUCAGUCUUCUUGGGGUAAGAAGAAAUCUGGAAUAGAAGAUGAUGGAGCAGAAAAGGCCAAAUGGGAGUCUGGGAACUCUCAAAAGUGGAAAGCUGAUGUUAUCCAAGAAGACUCUUCAAGAUCUGGUGCUUGGGGGGCCAACACAAAUCAAACCAAUGAUCAGUCCUCUUGGGGGAGAAAUAUAUCUGGAGUGCAAGAUGGUGGAGAGGGAAUGGCCCAAGGAGAAUCUGGGGGCAUACAAAAAGACUCGUCAAACUCAGGUGGUUGGAAAACUUGGAGGAAAAGUAAACCUGAAGACUCUUCAAACUGUAGUGCUUGGGGUGCAAACAAAGAUGCAACAAAACCCAAGUCGAAUGACAUGUCCUCAUGGAGAAUGAAAAAAGAUGAAGCACAUGUUAUGCCAGAAGACUCUUCUAAUGCCUGGGAACAUAAGGAUGACAAUGUAAAAGACAGUUGGGAUGCUAAAGUCCCUGUUGCCAUUAGCUUCUGGGGAAAACCCAAAUCCCCAGAAAAGCAACCUUGGGAUUCCAAGAACCAGUCAAAUAGCUCAUGGGGAAAGCCCCAAUCACAAGAAACCCAACCUUGGAAUUCCAAGAAUGAGUCAAAUCAAGCUGCAAGCUCACGUGGAUGGGACUCGCAAGCUGCUAAUGCUAACUCUGAAAAUGACAGAAGUUUUCAGUGGGGUAAACAAGGAAGAGAGUCAUUUAAAAAAAAUCACUUUGAAGGUUCACAAGGUUCACAAGGUUGGGGUCCAAAUGCCGGGGACUGGAAAAAUAAGCCUCGCCCUGCCAGACCACCUGGACAAAGGUUUGAAUUAUACUCUUCUGAGGAGCAGGAUGUUCUCAAGGAUAUUGAACCUAUUGUGCAAUCAAUCCGAAGAAUCAUGCAACAUCAAGGGUACAAUGAUGGGGAUCCGCUACCUGCCGAUGACCAAAAAUAUGUGCUUGAGAAUGUCUUUGAACAUCAUCCAGAUAAAGAAACGAAAAUGGGUGGUGGAAUCGAUCAUGUUAUGGUGAGCAGACACGGCACUUUUCAGGACAGCAGAUGCUUGCAUGUGGUUUUAAAAGAUGAGGGACUUGACUCCAAAUCCAACAGGGGAGCAGCCUGCAACUCCAAACCGAGCAGGGGAGCAGACCUCAAUUCCGACUCCAGCAGUGGAACAGCCUGCAACUCUCUAAACCCAGCAGGGGAGCAGACUUCAAUGCCGACUCCAGCCGGUGACCAGACCUCAACUCCAAUGCCUACAGAGACCAAUGAGUAG